GAACCAACUUAGCAGCCCAUUGCUCCAAUGGCCCUCACCUGCGGCGGGAGGAUUGCAUAUGUGCGAGUAUGACCAGAGCGACUUUGCGCGUAGUCAGCAGCAGAACGGGGGCUGUAAAACUAUUCGCGAUUCACACAGAUAAAUAAAUCUGGUCGCAUUACAUUGCAGAAGUGUACAAAAGAGCGCAGAAAUGACCAUGACAGGAAGCGCAACACAUCAGCAUCACCACCAGGCGGAGGAAGUAAAUCCUCCAAAAGCAUGGCUCAUACCGACACCCAACUUCCACUACCCGGCUUCAUAGCCCUCGAUUGGUCCCUCAUGCUUCUCGCCCUCCUCCCAACUAUAGUCCGCAUCAUAUUGCGCUUCCGUGCUCGCACGCUUCCCUCUCUGGCAGCAAACCUCUCCGACACUUUCAUAAUCUUCGCGUGGGUUUCCGGAUGCGUCUUGAUCUGCAUCAACACUUGGAAGAACACGCUUCGCAUGCAUUACCUCUCUACGGCCCGUGAGGACCUGUACUACGGCGUCCCGGUCUUCCUCUCCGGACACCUUCUCUUCGUAUCCUGGAUCAGUCUCUUCUUCGUCUACAUCAGCUUGUGGAGCGCGAAAGCCGCGUUCCUAGCUCUCUACUACUCCAUUUUCAGCCUACAAGGGCGGCGUACUCGUAUCGCUCUCCUUUGUGCAAGUAUCUUCACCUUCCUCACUUUUGUGCUGCAUAUCGGCCUCAUCGCCUUUUGGUGUGCCCCUGUGUCUGCGAAUUGGGCGCCGCCACCUGGUAAAUCGCUCUGCUCAGCUGUGCAUUCCAUCGACAGUGUCGCGAUAUCCACUGUUGCCAAUAUCACCACUGACAUCAUCAUACUGAGUAUCCCCGUGCAUGCGCUGUGGGUGCGAGCGAAGCAGUUCGGGCGCAGCGAGAAAGUGGGCUUGGUGUUUGUGUUUGCGAUGGGGAGCGUCAGUAUUAUUGCUGCGCUGGUCAGGUUUGUUUGUUUGGCCGUGGUGCAGGAUGUGCCCAAAGCGAGUAUCACGCAUACGAUCGAUAUUUGGGCGCUGGUGGAGAUUGUGAGCAGCAUUCUUGCUGUGUGUGCGCCAAGUUGUAGGGCUUUCGGACGGUCGUGCGUUGGGAGGAGGGGAAGGAGGCUGCAGCUGGGCUGUGAGGAACGUGGUGCAAGUGAGAGGAGAAGCAACGAGGGAGAUGCCGGUAAGGGGAAAACCCCAGAUGAGGAUCGGGAGUCAGCGAUUGUGACAUUGAAUGGCGAGAGUGAGGGAGUAUGACAGUGUAGAGUUUCUUGUAUUCAUCAUGUAUUCAUCUUGUCGGAACUUUGUACGGUGAUCGGUAUGCGUCAGUUUGUAAGAAUCUUGUCGCGAGGUGAGGAGGCAGAGAACGAGCACAUAGACAAUUUGAUGGGGAAGCACUUUGAAGGACAUGGCG